AUGUCCUACCCGCAGUUCGGCUACCCCUACUCCUCCGCGCCCCAGUUCCUGAUGAGCACCAACUCCCUGACGCCUUGCUGCGAGUCCGGCGGCCGCACGCUGCCCGAGUCGGGCCCGGCCGCCCCAGCACAGACGCCGGUCUAUUGUCCCGUGUACGAGAGUCGCCUGCUCGCCACUGCCCGCCACGAGCUCAACUCCGCCGCCGCUCUGGGGGUCUACGGCAGCCCCUACGGCGGACCCCAGGGCUACGGGAACUACGUGACCUACGGCACCGAGGCGCCCGCCUUCUAUUCGCUGAACACUUUGGAGACGAAGGACGGCGGCGGCUCUGCGCAUGCGGGCAUCUCCCCGGCGGCUGCUUACUACCCCUACGAGCACAGCCUCAGCCAGUACCAGUACGACAGGUACGGGGCGAUGGACGGCGGCACGAGGCGGAAGAACGCCACCAGGGAGACCACCAGCACGCUGAAGGCCUGGCUGCAGGAGCACCGCAAGAACCCCUACCCCACCAAGGGCGAGAAGAUCAUGCUGGCCAUCAUCACCAAGAUGACCCUCACCCAGGUCUCCACCUGGUUCGCCAACGCCCGCCGCCGCCUCAAGAAGGAGAACAAGAUGACGUGGCCGCCUCGGAACAAGUGCUCGGACGAGAAACGGCCCUACGAAGAAGAGGAGGAGGAGGAGGAGGAAUGCUCGCAGGAAGACGCCAUGAAAAGCGAGAAGGCCGAGGAGCCCACGGGCAAGGAGGAGAAGGAGCUGGAGCUCAGCGACCUGGAGGAUUUGGACGCCGCCGAGUCGGAGAGCUCCGAGUGCGAGAUGAGGCGGCCCUUCCCGCACCCGCACCCGCAUCCUCAUCCGCAGCGGCUGCCGGGCGGCGGCCCCCCGCCCCGCGCCGCCGAGCCCCCCGCCGCCGCCGCCGAUGAGGAGGAGGAGGAGUCGGCGGAGCGGGCCCGCGGCUGCCUGAAACCGGCGGCGGAGGAGUGCGAGGCGGCCCUGCUCGGAGCUCGGCCGCGCGGCUGCGAGGCCAAGCUGUGCUUCCCGCAGGGCCAGCCGCUGCUGGAGGCCAAGCCCCGCAUCUGGUCCCUGGCGCACACCGCCACCUCCCUCAACCAGUCCGAAUACCCCUCCUGCAUGCUGAAGCGGUCGGGGGGAUCGGCCGCCGCCACCGCCGUCUCCGCCCCGGUCAACGUCAUGGACCGGCACCAGGAUUCGCCGGUCACCAACCUCAGGAACUGGGUGGACGGGGUGUUUCACGACCCGCUCUUCAGGCACAGUACUUUGAACCAAGCCUUGAGCAACACCACGGUGUCCUGGGCCACCACCAAAGGAGCUAUUCUGGAAACGGGCGCCUUGGGACGCUCGGUGGGCAAUGGUGCCAACGUGCUCAAGGGGCAGCUGGCCAACCUGGCCCACCAGGACUCGAGCAAGGAGUUUCUCGCCUUUCCCAAAGCAGGGAGUAAAAUGUUUUGCUCCUAA